GCGCGCAGUGCGCGUUCAGAGGCGCGCUGACUGAGAUCUGAGAGAGAUGGAGCUGGACAGCAGGAGGAACCUGAGGGAGAGAUGCGCCCUGAAGCAGGACAUCCUCAGAGAGUUCCUGGCGGAGAUCCUGGGAACCUUCGUGCUGAUACUCUUCGGCUGUGGUUCCGUGGCCCAGACUGUGCUGAGCAAAGGGGCUCUGGGAGAACCACUCACCAUCCAUAUUGGCUUCACCACUGGAGUGAUGCUGGCCGUCUACAUGGCAGGAGGAGUGUCAGGAGGCCAUGUUAACCCAGCUGUAUCUUUGGCUAUGGUGGUCCUCGGGAAGCUUCCACUGAAGAAAUUCCCUGUGUACGUGGUUGCACAGUUCAUUGGUGCGUUUGCAGGCUCCUGUGCUGUGUUCGGGCUGUACUAUGAUGCCUUGAUGGACCACACCAAUGGUGUUCUGCUGGUCACGGGUGAAAAUGCCACUGCAAACAUAUUUGCCUCCUAUCCAGCAAAACAUCUCUCAGUACUUAAUGGAUUCAUUGAUCAGGUGGUGGGCACAGGGGCCUUGGUGCUGUGUAUUCUGGCGAUAGUGGACAGGAAGAACAUGGGAGCACCAAAAGGGAUGGAGCCGCUGAUCAUCGGUCUGACCAUCCUGGCCAUUGGAGUUUCCAUGGGGCUGAACUGUGGAUAUCCCAUCAACCCCGCCAGAGACCUGGGCCCCAGACUCUUCACCGCCAUCGCAGGGUGGGGGAUGGACGUGUUUAGGGCGGGGGGCUGCUGGUGGUGGAUCCCGGUGGCCGGGCCGAUGGUUGGCGGGGUGGUGGGCGCGGUCAUAUACUUCCUGGUGAUAGAGCUGCACCACCCAGAGCCCGAGAAACAGAGCGAAGAGGAGAAUAACGUUAAGGACAAAUACGAGAUGAUCACCAUGAGCUAAAGAAGAGAAGCUAAAACAAAUGGGACACACUGUUCACCUCAGACAGCCACCAUUCUACAAAACCUCUCUAUCUAUCUUUUUGUCUGUCUGUCUCUUCUUUUCCUCCUCUCUUUUUCCUCUCUCUGUGCUUUUAAUAGACUCUUAAAGAAAUACUCCAGAGGUUUUACAACCCAAUCUGUACCUGCAGAACCUGUAUUUUUCUCAGUUUUUCUAGCUACUAUUAUACUUUAUUUAGACAGAAGUAUUGGGACACAUUCUUAUGCAUUGCUUUUACCAAAAUUAAGAGUAUUAAAAAGAGUGGAGUAACUGUCUCUACUGCAGAGCAGGGUAGAUUAUUUCAACCAUUGCUGUGAGGACAGGGUGUUGGAUAAUAGAACUUCACCUUAUUCCCAACUUCUCAACUCAUCCCAAAAGUAUCAAAUGGAGCCCUCUAGCCAAGAGAGUCCUAUUCUAAUGGCAGCUCUUUCCUACAGGGACUGGACAAGCUGUGUGUCAAGGAUGGUGCAUCUUAUAAAGUAGCUCAAUGCAUUCCUCAGUUUGUACACAAAUACUAAAGCAGUAUUUUGCAAGAAUUUGUAUUUUUUGUUCCUAGGCUCCUCCUACAGGUGGAGAGUGUAAUUCACUUUUACUCCACUGCAGUAAAUACAAAUCACACUUUGAGCGCAUCCUUAUAGACAGCUGUAGGCUGAAAUGGUAAAGUAAUAUUACAAGAUUUUACACUAAUAUAUAUGACUCAGGUUACUCAUACCUCCUUUCCACCAACAAAGUGCUGGUGCUGGAGCUGGUGCCGGUUCCUGCAAACUUUUUAAGAACUGGCACAUUUUUUCACUGCUUUAAUGAGGUUUGAUGAUGGUUUGAAACUUUUUUUUUUGUGACGCUUGAACACAAGUUCACUGGUUCCAGACCAGCAAGAACGGCACCAAAUUUUCUGGUCAAGAACCUGUGAUUUUGUGGUGGAAAAGCACAGAACCGUUUGGGAACUUGCCACCAGAAAAGUGCCCUCAGUGUUACACAGUUCUAGAGAGAGGGGAACCUUGCCGCUCCACCAAAGAUGCAUAGUGCAGUAGCAGCAUUCCGACAUGAAGUGGGAAUAUAACAGAGACGCCAUUUUCCACGAUUUUGCCCAGUGGAGCAUCAACAUAAUUCAGAAACUGUACUUUUUAGGCAAUGUUGUUGCAUAAUUAUAUUUAAAAUGGGAAUUUAUUUAUUGUCUAUAGCAGUCAACAGUGUGAUACAGACAAAGCAGAUAGCAAUUAAGUAAAAAAAACUUCUGGAGAAUUUCUUUAAGACACGUUUGCUUUUUGCUCUGAAAGCACAAAGCACUAUGUUCGCCAAGUGUACUGUUACUAUAGUGUGUAUGCGAAGAUGAAUAGUAUAUAAUGCAUGAUUAAUAAUAUGAACAAUUUUAUGACUUUAUACCAAGUAGUUAUUUCAGAAAUACAAGAAAACAGAAAAGGUUUAUACAGUCAUUGAUUCAUACCUACACUAUAUGGACAAAAGUAUUGGGAUCAUACCUGUCAAGUUUUAGAUUUAAAAAUAAGGGAUAUUUUCCUCUGUCCGCUUAAAGCCGUCCCACCAGCCCAACGAAGGUUCAGUAUCCCUUACAUUUUAAAACAGGUUUACAAAAAAUCUAAAAUAACCACCUGUGAACCACUGUCUACCUUUGUUGACACUGACAUUUCUACAUAUGCCAUUCUUUUAAUACAGCCAAAUUAAAAACCCCUUUUCUAGAUAUUUAAAAAAAGUUAAGAUUUCAUGUCUUUUUUUGCAUAAAUGCACUCUUAUAUAUGAUAUAUUUUUUAUUUAUUUAAUGGAUUUAAAACUGAACAAAGGGUGCACACAUUCUGCAAAAUGACUGUUGGUGACCUAAAAAUAGUAUCAUGAGUUCUUACUAAAAGGACAUGGACCAGAUAUAUUCCAUCAGUAAAAAUUAGUCCUAAGGGGUCUACACAAUUAAUAAUUUUUAAUUAUACUUCUUUCUUUUGAUCACUCCACCCCUGAUCAGUUCAGUUAAUAUCGGUCCUCUCCACAUUUCUAGUUAAACUGAGUCACAAGCUGUAAUUUUUUUUAUUUUAUAAGGUUUAAUCUGUGUGAUUUGAUUCGGAGACGAGUAUUUUUAAGCAGCUAUCAGAAAAAUCUCAUCACAGUUUACAUGAUUAGCCUACCAUUACCUUUCUUUUAGAAAAAUCGCUGUAUAUGCAGAUCUGUUUUAACAUCAGCUGCUCCGACUAGCUGCCUGAACUCACGUAUUAUAAUACGGAUGGACGCAUGAUAAUGCGGAGGACGGCGGGAAAGAGGAGUAAAAUACGGUAGUUUCCCAGCCAAAACGAGAGACUUGACAGGUAUGAUUGGGAUACUUUCAGAAGCUUUUAUAACGUGCAGUUUUAAACUCAUAAGCAUUCAUGUCCCUUUGCAUUUCUAACAGCAGUUGUGGAGCUCUGCAGUUAUUGAUCAGUGGAGCAUUAGACACUCUUAGGAUGGAGAUAUACUUGCUGUGAAUGCAUUCGCAUACACAAACACAUAAUGCCACAAGUAUCCUGCAUCUGUUUUGGGGUGUUGGUUGUCAGAACAGCUGGUGAGAGAUAAAGAGCACAAAAUCCCCUAAAAAUCCCUGUGGAAACGUGCACAAUAAAAUGGAAACAAAUCUGUUUUGUCCACACAGUGCUGCCCUCUAGUGGAAGCCUUCAGUGGAAGCACACAGACAAGCAUGUGAACUGUUACACGCUCUAUAAGAACUGCCUGGCCAAACAGCAGGUAUACCACUAUUCUUAGGCUCAAAACAUAUUGCACAUAAGAAUUCAAACACAGGCGCAACAUACUGCACAGACUGGGUUUUGCAAGUUGUUGGGUUUAAAAAGUAUGCGUUUCGAUACGUUUGUCCAUAUAAUGCACUUCUAAUCAGUUUUAUAAGGUUUUAAAUCAGAACUGGGGUCAUUUUUGUGCGGGCCUAACGAAAAUGUAAAAGCAUCAAAACCAGACAGUAUUAUACAGUAGUUCUAUGUUGCUGUCCCACAUCUUUUCAGUAUAUUGUCUGGCAAAUUUAAUUCUGAAUUAGAAAUAGAACAAAAAUUAAAUAGAUUUUUUUACCUCUGUUAAAAGCAUUUCUUUACAAUUAAAUAAAGGUGCAACAAUUAUUUUGAUUUCUUUACAGCCAGAUUGAGCAUUUAUCUGCUGUUUUGAUAGUUUUGAUAAUCUAUUGAUUAUUAUUUUAUAGUUGUAAGCUAGCUUUUUUAUUUUCUAUGAAAUGCCAUGAAUGCCAUUUUCCUCAGCUCUUAUUUUCCAGUAUAAUAAGCUGUUAGAUAUGAGGUCUACUCACACAACACAUUUCAGUGCUGUACAAUGAUUCAUUUGUCACUGUCUGCCAUGAUUAGAGAAUGAAAAAUGUGUUUUUAUUGUGUUAAAUGGGAUUUUUAUUACAGUUUAUAUUUAAUACUGUAAUGCAGUUUGCUCUUCCACUUUGUGGUGUAAAUAAACACACUGGUAUGAAACACA